CUAUAAAUCUGUUGCAUUACGCAACUGUGAUACACAGACAGCACAAGGAGAAAUUUUCACAAAAGCAGACAAGGCUUUCCGCUGUCCAGAUUGAAUCACUUACACAUACGAAGCUUUCUCUGAUUCCUUUCAAGAUCUUUUAUACGUCACAUGGAGGAUCGUAAGGAGAAAAAUGCACCAUGGCUUUCAGUACCACAGUUUGGGGAUUGGGAUCAGAAGGGUGAAUUGCCAGAUUACUCACUGGAUUUCUCGAAAGUCAGAGAAAUGAGGAAGCAGAACAAGAGGGAUGUGUCAAGAGCCAGUCUUGGCAAUGAAGAAGACUUCAUUAACCCAACAGCCACCAAUGCACAGGCUGCCCAUAUUAAUCACCACCACCACGAUCAUUACCACCGAAGCCGCCGCCACCACUCCCCUAAUGUAAGAUUCUUUGUCCACCUUUAUUUAGAAAGCUUUAUUGAAGAUUAUAUAUGCUAGUAUAGCCGCAAUUAUGCUAAUGAAUUAGAGAGAAUAACAUAACAAACAACAUGAAUGGUAGCGGCAUUCAUGUGAUAUAAUGGUGGGGAAAUUGCUAGAUUGUGUUCAUUAAACCUGGUGGGUCAAUAUUUUAGGCCAGUAGGUAGCAUGUAUUUAACAGCAUAGCGAUAUGGCCUUUAAUGAAGCUUAGCCACAAAAGAUAAAAAUAAAAGCAAAGUCCACCUGGAAUAGGAUCUCCACCUCAAAAAAAAAGGGAUAAAACUUGGGACGGUCUACCAAAUUGUUGCAUUGGGGCCAUUUUAGCAGAGGAAGAUCACUUGUUAUUUAAUUCAUUUAAUUGAAUGUAUUUUAUUAAAAUCCAUAAACAAACACUUCUUUGUGGUGUCCAAAAACGGCACAGUAAAGUAUAAACUCAAUAAUAUCCAAUUGUUGAUAGCUAAAAAUAUAAAUUUUACUUUUUAUAUAUUUGCAUCAUAUAUGAUUCAUAGUUUUAAAUUUUUAAGGUGAGUUAAAGAGCAUUUAAGAUUUAGAAAGUGGAGAACAGCAAGCAUAUUAUUUAUUUCUCGUUGCAAGUGCAAACAAGUUGCAGUGUACAUUUUUCAUAGGAGAUCAACCAUACUAGGAUUUGAACAGCUGAGUGGUCAAGAAAUUGUCUUACGUGAUUCUAGAUGCUUAAUGCCUGAUCAGAUUUGAGGUCGAUGAUUGGUACCUACAUAAAUCAAUAUGUUAGUAAGGUACUUUUAAUUUACUGCCAUUAUAGAAAUAUGUGCCCGCAGAGGUAAAGUUGAGGUUGAUCUUCUACAUACCUAGGUAGCAUGCUACUGCAAGCGUUGCACAUGAAACAGAAGCUUUGGGCCACUCAAUAUGGGGUCGUUGACACUUUGUUCUUUUGGAUUUUGUCAAAUUUUGUAAGGGAUGCUUUUCAUAUCUGAAUAGUAGCAUACGAGAUUAGUUAACUGGUUAAUUGAUCACAUAUAUGUAUUUAGGUGAUAUACCAGCCAAAGAAAUGUAUUAUUUUUUGAGUUGCUGAAAUAUGUGGAGACAAAAAGAAUCCCUUUAGCUGGAAUGCUUGCAAACCAUAUCAAGUAUGCAAAAUCAUCAUAAAAAAUAAUUUGAAGAUUAUAUUUGGUGAUUUACUUGUUGAAGCUCAAUCAUAAUCCAGUAUAUGUUUGAUAACUUUAUAUUCUUAAGCAGACAAGGCGGAGCAUUUUCAGCUACUUCAACUGCUGUGUUAAAGCCUGAUGUUGAAGGACAUAUUUAUCGUGCUUUAGGUCACCUGUAAUGAUAAUGUAUUUUAGAGACCACCAUUUCUUUAGUCUCUUCAACUGUAGGGAUUUGGUUCUUUUCCUUUUUCAAGUUGUUUCUGUUUUCUUCAUCACCCUUAAUUUUGUACGAAAACGAUCAUGUAUUUGUAAAUUGGUGAUGAUUGAGAUUGAUCUCCACUUUGAUUCA